AUGGGAUGUCUCCAAUACUAUUCGCGUUUCAUCCUGAACUUCGCCACAAAAGCCCAACCACUGUUUGCUGCUCAGUUGACUGCAGAAUGGAAAUGGACUACCGAGUGUGAACAAAUUCUGCGUGAAACCAUUCGGAUGAUAACUGACCGACCAGUACUCGCCUCGUUCUCUCCGACAAAACAUCUAACUUUGAUCACCGACGCAUCAGAUGUUGGUAUAGGUGCCGUCCUCGAACAGAACGGAUGUCCGAUUGUCUGCAUCUCCCGUCUACUCAACAAAGCCGAACGAGGAUAUCCGCAGACGCAAAAAGAAGCACUAGCUGCAUAUUGGGCCGUCCGUCGUCUACACAAUACCUGUUUGAAUUGCGUUUCACCAUCGUAA